AUGCACGACAGACGGGGUGCAGAGAUCCCUCCCGAAUAUAGAGACUUUGAGGACGUGUUUGAUGAAAAGGAAGCGGAUCAGCUUCCUCCCCCAAGACGGGUCGAGGUGAAAAUUGAGCUCUAUAAAGAUGCUAAGCUGCCAAGGACAUUUUUCUCCGUGUGUAUAAAAAGCCUUGAAGGAGUUAGACAGGAAAGAGCACUGGAGAGAGAGAGAGAGAGAGAGAGAGAGAGAGAGAAUAACUGACUGGAGCCAACUGCAAAGAUGUCAAAGAAUUUCCUCUGCUUCCUCCGCUACUUUGUGCUCCUACUAGGCUUCCUAAUUAUUUGCUUAGGAGCCUUUUGCAUCUCUACAGGUGCCCCUGCCUGCAAGUGCAAUAACAUGCCUAUUGCGUACUUUCUGUUGCCCCUGGGGUUCUUCCUUCUCAUCUGUGGGAUUUUCUGGAGCACUUAUCACGAGGCCAGUAAGCACAAAAGCCUAUUUCACAGCAUUUUGCCUGGACAUCCUAGAAUUCGGGAGAGCCACAUCAAUACAGUAGACAGGCCUGACUUCUACCCUCCAUCUUAUGAGGACAGCACUGAUCCUGAAAAACAGACAUAUCCACUGCCAAUCAACCCACUGGAAAGAGAAAAGGAGCCUUACAAUAUACCUCCCCCUCUGUACACAGAGAGCAGCCUUGAAUUUAUUGAAGAAGUGAGUGUGCAGGACGAACAGCCGCCUUCGUAUGAAGCAUCCCAGAGGCAUCAAGCUGCUGAGCCUGAUUCGACUGAGGAAGAGAUUCCUAAUGCACCUGGGUCAGAGACCAGCUGCUAAUGAGGGCUUGAGGAGGACAUGAAAUAAUGUCUGUUGUUCUGGCGAA